GGGAGGACUCGGUGGCCGCGGAGUAUGGACGGAGAGCGAGCCGAAGCGGCGGCGGACGAGGUGGGCCUCGUCGUCAAGAGCCCCGCGCAGCGGCACCCGGACCUGCUGCUGGCGGCCCGGCGCUCCUGGAGCGUCCGGCGCCUCAAGGCGGAGCUCCGACGCCUUCAUCCGGACGCGCCGCCUGAAGACACUCAGAGGUUAAUCUAUUCUGGCAAGUUGUUGCCUGACCACCUUUCUCUGCAGGAGGUCCUCACCAAGCAGGAGGUGGUUCAUGCUCUCCAUCUGGUGUGCAACUCGAAGAAUCUGCCACAGAUGCAAGGGACUGACGUGAAGAUGGCUGAAGCCAAGCAGCAGUCCACAUCAUUGGGCCAGGAUCCAUCUGUCCUUCCUCCAGGUCCUGCUUAUAGCCAAAGCCAGGCCCCCCUCAGCCAGUUCGUCACCGCAGGGGAAGCUGGCACGAGAUCUCUGGCGGCCGAACAUCCCUUUCAAGGCGUGAGCUCCAGUUACUCAUCCUACACAGCUUAUCACAUGCUGCAGCUCUGGUUCCAUCAGCUUUACGCGAGACAGUACUACAUGCAAUACAUGGCUGCCAGCGCGACUUCGGGGGACUUGUCCUCUGCACGCGGUUCCCAGGAGAUCUCAGUGGCUCCUGUGAGCCCCCCAGCUCCUCUUCCUGGUCCAUUUCCAGCUGAGACCCCCCCCGUAGAGCAAAACGCCCCCGCUCAGGCAAACCCCGGCGUUAACCCAAACCUGCGCAUGAAUGCCCAGGGAGGUCCUCUGAUGGAGGAAGACGAAGAAGUCAAUCGCGAUUGGCUGGACUGGCUGUACUCGGCGACCCUCUUCUACGUGUUUGUCAACAUCAUCUACUUUUACUCCAGCAUGAGCAGGCUUCUCUUGGUGAUGGCAGGCACUCUCCUCAUGUACCUACACCAGGUUGGCUGGUUCCCCUUCAGGCGGAGGCCAGCCCAGCCACCACAGAACCACGCUCCUCUCGAGGCUGCUGCUCACCAAGAUCAGAAUAACAAUUUACAAGAGGAAAACCCGGCAGAACAAAAUGAAACGGAGGCGUCUGACGCCACACGCGAGGACCAGCCAGCCAGAGCACUUUCAUUUGCGAGCACAGCUUGGCUUUUCGUUAAGACUUUCUUUGCCUCACUCCUGCCCGAGGGGCCUCCGGCUGUGGCUAACUGACCGACCGACCGGGUGCAACGCUUCUGCUUUCCUGUCUGCUGAGAUCGGUCUGGAUGCUAACUCGAAUGCUGAAGUGGCCACGGCUCGUUGGAUAAAAGGGAGCGAAUCUGCACUUAGAAGCUAAAGACAGAUGUGGCUGAAGGUACCGUGAGAUGCUAGCCCAGAGCUUCAGGGAGUUGAAUGGCCGUUGAAGCCACGUGCCUCUGCUGUCUUUGGGGCCAAGUGCUAAAGGAGCAGAUUCCCUCUGCCAGGAUGAUGUGAUUCCGGUUGGAGUGUGUCUCACACUCAAGUGCACCGAGUGUGCUACCUUGUGCAACCAGCAUAUUAGAAAAGCUAUGCAGGGAAAGUCAAUGCCAAAAACGAAGAGACGCUGCGCUUAUUUCCAGGCAACGCAUUUAAAAGAUAAGGUGUCAAUAGCUUUCCGCAGAAGGUAACAGUCGAGCCUAUUACACUAAACAGUAUAGCAGAAAGUAUUUUCCUAGGCUUAAAAGCACGAGUGGGUUUCCUGUUUUGCCAAUUUAGUAAGUAAACACGUGGUCUGGGCGUGUGUGUUCUGAUAGAUCAACUGCAAAUAGGGCUUCUUUCCAGCGCUUUUCUAUGAUGCAGCAAUCUAGUAAAUAUAUAACUAGUAAUUUUGUCAUCACAUUUCAAACUCAAGAGUUUCUGUGAAUGGGAGUUGUGCAACAAAAGACUUGUGAACAAUUCUUCUCUCCCUCCCCUUCUUGCUGAGUCUUAGUUCAAUAUCAUAUUUAGGCUGGUUCCCUGCAUGUUAGUCUCAUGUAUUGUGAAUGAAUGAUGCUUUCUGAAAUGUAAAUAAAAAGCAUGGCCCUGGAUCUAGAGUUGUGUGGAGCGUAACUCCACAAACUGGAGGCUCCAGUUGGAAGAGGAGGGGUGUUUUUAGGGGGGGGUGGCAGUUUCCCCUCUUCUCCCCUGAAUGUUCAGAGUUGGGACAGUCUGAAUCUCCAAAGAUGGGUCAGAGUGAGUAGAAGGAAUUACCUAAAAUUACUAUGGUGGUUCAUUUUGCAGAUAGGAAUCUGAACCCAGGCUGUGGCAUUUCUGGCAGUUUUUGUUCAAAUGUGAGUGUAUGGAUCUCAGCCUUCUGUUAAAAGCUGCAGUGACAUCAGAGAGGUAUCACGAGUUGCCGUUGCACGAUUGAGGUUGUGUAAUCUGUAUCACUCAUGACUGAUGCAAAUUACUUAAGGACCAUUGUUGUGAUGACCUCACCCCACCUGCAGAUGCCCCGGGUGCCUAUGUAGGGGGAAAAAAUACUAUUCUUUAACAUCAUCUGCAUUUAACUUGGACAUUUUAAUACAAGUUAUAGAAAGAAAAUUCAUUCUUCUGAUUUCUGAGUAAUUGGACUGGUUACAACACUCAGAUGAUUUUUUUCCCCACUAAGCCUCUCUGCCUGGAAUUCCUAGAAUUCCAUGAUUUUCCAAAGUAAACCUUUUCCACUCAGGGAUUGUUUUACAUAUAAUUUUUUUUUUUCCCAGUUAUAUGUUUAGAUUUCAGGAUGAUGCUGAAAUGUGUGUUUUCACUAUUGUGGACUGUAACCUGGAUGCUUCCUGUUUCUGUCUAGUCAAUAUUGCAAGUUUUGUAGGGACAAUGGAUUACAUGAUGGCUGAACUUUUUUCUUGCACAUUAAACAAAGUUUAAUAUA